CUCUCUCUCUCUCUCUCUCUCUCUCUCUCUCAAAGAACAUGGAGGAAACGCACCAAAAACCGCAUGCAAUCUUCAUACCCUACCCUCUCCAAGGCCACGUUAUCCCAUCCGUUCACCUGGCAAUCAAGCUAGCAUCAAGAGGCUUCACCAUCACAUUCAUCAACACCCACUUCAUCCACCGCCAAAUCACCGCAUCCUCCUCGGCCGCCGACAUCUUCGCCACCGUCCGCGACUCCGGCCUCGACAUCCGCUACGCCACCAUGAGCGAUGGCCUGCCGGUGGAGUUCGACCGGUCGCUCAACCACGACCAGUUCAUGGCCGCCCUUCUGCACGUGUUCUCGGCCCACGCGGAGGCUGCGGUAGCGGAGGUAGUGAGGUCGGGGACGACGCCGGCGCCGAGUUGCUUGAUCGCGGAUACGUUCUAUGUUUGGCCGUCGAAGGUGGCGAAGAAGUUUGGUUUGAAGUAUGUGUCUUAUUGGACGGAGCCUGCAUUGGUUUUUACUCUCUAUUAUCAUAUGGGCCUUCUGAGGCUAAAUGGCCACUUUGGUUGUCUUGAAGCCAGAGAGGACGCCAUAGAUUACAUACCGGGGGUCCAAUCCAUCAAUCCAACGGACACGACAUCGUACCUCCAGGAAUCAGACGGUUCAUCGGUGUGCCACCAGAUCAAUUCCAAGGCAUUCGAAGACGUCAAGGGUGCAGAUUUCGUUCUGUGCAACACAGUACAAGAGCUCGAGCUCGACACCAUAUCAGCUUUAAAGACAAAAAUGCCCUUCUACUCAAUAGGCCCGAUUUUCCCGACCGGGUUCACCAAAAGCCUCGUGCCCACGAGCCUGUGGUCCGAGUCGGACUGCACCCAGUGGCUCGACACCAAGCCUCGUGGCUCUGUUUUGUACGUCUCCUUUGGCAGUUAUGCCCAUGUCACACACAAUGAUCUAGUAGAAAUAGCAACCGGGCUUUUGCUCAGCGGAGUGAGUUUUGUUUGGGUGCUUCGCGCGGAUAUCGUGAGCUCCGAGGACCCCGAUCCUCUGCCCGAGGGAUUCAGGGAGGAACUCGGCGACCGUUCGAUGAUCAUACCUUGGUGCUGCCAGAUACAAGUCCUGGCACAUUCGUCCAUAGGGGGGUUCUUGACCCAUUGCGGAUGGAACUCGGUACUGGAGAGCAUGUGGUGCGAGGUUCCAAUGCUGUGUUUUCCCCUGUAUACCGAUCAAUUCACGAACCGAAAAUUGGUGGUUGAUGAUUGGAAGAUUGGGAUUAACCUUUGCGAUAAGAAGCGGAUCAUGAGGGCGGAAGUUUCGCAAAAGGUUGGCCGUCUGAUGAGCGACAAAACCGGAGAUAAGUAUAGGAGUGCGAUCAAGGAUGUGAAAAAGGGAUUGGAAAAUGCAUUGAGACCCGAUGGAUCAUCCGAAAUGAAUCUUGAUCAGUUCAUCAAAGAUCUGAAGUUCAGCAUCCAGAAGAAGAGUGGGGGCACAUUGGAUCAAAACAAAGACCGGUUAUCUAAUGGAACUUAAACCAUCGUCUGAUGUAUGCCUUUCGUGCGCGUCAGAACUUACCCGACAAUGAAUUUUGCUACCUUAGGAUCCUUAUAGUUACAGCCGCCCUGGAGCUUUCGGUCGCCGGCUCCCCUAUCAUCAGGUCGCCAACAUCCUUGAUCUUCCGGCACUGGGCAGACAUCAGCCCCUAUACAUGGUCUUACGAUUUUGCGAAGACCUGUGUUUUUUAUAAACAAUCGCCCGAGCCCCGAUCACUGCAACCCCUAACAAAUUAUUGCCAGUAUUUC